AUGCCGAAGUACAAGACAGCUGACACCUAUUUAUGGUAUACCACGAUGAAGAAGGAGGACAUAUUACAUGAGUUGGACAUGCCUGUAGCGACCCCACAGGAAGCGAACACUCUUAUUAUCCACCCAGGCGAAUUGCUCUGUCGUUACUAUCCCUGUGCCAAUAUGAACCGUUUCCAAAACACCAACGCCCUUAAGGCUCAUAUCAGAGAUAAGCAUAACGAGAUUUGCGAGGGAGAGGGCGGAGGUUCAAUCACAGCUGAGCGUGAUGCAGCUGCUAUCGCCUUUUACAAUGACCUCAAAUCUCGGUACGACACUCGUGUAGCUAGUGCCCCUCAGCCCGCAUUUCCUCUUAAGCGCGAUGGUACUAUCAAUAUGUCUGAGCUAAAGCGCCAGGCUAUGGAAAUGGGUGUGGACGUUCCCUGUGAGCAGUGUAAGCUCGAUAAUGUUUCGCGAAGAUGUUGCAGUCAUGCUCGCCGUACUCAGUGUGAUAUCUUUGAGGAGUUUGCCCCUUAUCCCUCUGAUACUAUUAAGGAUCCCUGA